UACCUGCAUGUCGGACCCGCGGAGCCCCGCCCAUAAUAUAGGUGUGAAAACACAUUAUAGGUCCAAAUAAAGUUAAAAACUAGUGUUUUGUUCAUCCUUUAUCCUUCCAAAGAAGUGCGCACGAGCAAAGGACUUUCACUUUAAUAGCAGACCGGAAGUUCAGAACUUGUUUGGAGUUUAUUCUGUCAUGUGUAACUUCACCGCGGAACAUUUACGGCCACGGUUAGCAUGUGCUAGCUAACGUUAGCCUGGCUAACAGCAGGGAGCUAACACAGUGUCAGUUCACAGAGCAGCCGGCUAGCUGCCUGUUAGCCGCCUGCUACUUUACCCGGCGGUUCAAUGGCCCUGCGGCAGCGUCACUGAGCGUUAGCUAGCCUGGCUCUGUCUGUCACCAUGGGAGACGAUAACGGGGACCUGAAUGCCAACUCGAGGUGCCGGAGCACCGGCGACCCGCAGCUGGACAAGGCGGUGCACCAGUGGUUGACCUGGGACAAGAACCGGCGGACUCGGGCUCAGGUGGAGUCUCUGGUGGCGGCGGGUCGUCUGCAGGACUUGAGGAUGAGACUCGGGAGCAGGAUGAGCUUCGGCACGGCGGGACUCAGAGCGCCGAUGGGCGCCGGGUUCAACCGGAUCAACGACCUCACCGUCAUCCAGUCCACUCAGGGUUUGUAUUCGUACCUGUGCAGGUAUUUCGCAGACUUCGGCAGCAGAGGAGUGGUUGUUGGCUUUGACUCCAGAGGACAGGAAGAGAGCGGCUGCAGCAGUCAGCGUUUGGCGAAGUUGACGGCGGCUGUGAUGCUCAGCAGAGACGUUCCUGUUCAUCUUUUCUCCACGUUCGUGCCCACGCCGUACGUGCCGUACGCUGUGAAGAAGCUGGGUGCGGCGGCCGGAGUGAUGAUCACCGCUUCACACAAUCCUAAAGAAGACAACGGAUACAAGGUGUACUGGUGUAACGGCGCUCAGAUCUCCUCACCUCACGACAAGGAGAUCCUGCGGAGUAUUGAGGAGCAGCUGGAGCCCUGGAGCGCCUCCUGCUGGGAGGAGGAGCUGGUGGAGAGCUGCUCCCUGAGGACCGACCCCCUGACCCAGAUCAACAGCUGCUACAUGGACGAGCUCACCUCCCUCUGCUUCCACAGGGAUCUGAACAGAAGUUGUCCGUUGAAGUUUGUCCACUCGUCCUUCCACGGUGUCGGACACGCCUUCGUCCAGCAGGCCUUCCACGCCUUCGGCUUCGCUCCACCGAUCCCCGUCCCCGAGCAGCAAGACCCCGACCCCAACUUCUCCUCCGUCCGCUGCCCCAACCCCGAGGAGGGAGAGUCAGUCCUGGAGCUCUCUCUCAUUCUGGCCGAGAAAGAAAACGCUCGGAUCGUUCUGGCGACGGAUCCCGACGCCGACCGUUUGGCUGUAGCGGAGAAGUCUGACGGGUGCAGUUGGAAGGUGUUCACAGGUAACGAGCUGGCGGCUCUGUUGGGUUGGUGGAUGUUCUUCAAUUGGAAGGAGGCUCAUCCAGAUCCCGCAGACUCUCAGAAGGUUUUCAUGUUGGCCACCACAGUGUCGUCUAAGAUCCUGCAGGCCUUCGCUCGCAUCGAGGGAUUCCACUUCGAGGAAACUCUUCCCGGGUUUAAAUGGAUCGGGAACAGAAUACACGAACUCUCCAAAACAGGAAACACGGUCAUAUUUGCCUUCGAGGAGUCGAUCGGUUUCCUGUGCGGCACUUUGGUCCCUGAGAAAGACGGCGUGAGCUCGGCCGCCGUCGUGGCUGAAAUGGCCGCUUACCUCCACAACCAGAACCUGAGUCUGAACCAGCAGCUGCACAACAUCUACCAGACGUAUGGUUAUCACUUGUCUAAAACCUCCUACGUGGUCUGCAACGACCCCCCCACCAUCCAGAAGAUCUUCAGUCGGAUCAGGAACUUUGACGGCGAAGGUUCGUACCCGAAGACGUGCGGCGGCGUCCGGAUCGUCCACGUCAGAGACGUUACCACGGGAUACGACAGCAGCCGGCCUGACCUCAGAUCUGUACUUCCUGUGACGAGGAGCAGUCACAUGAUCACCUUCAGUCUGCAGAACGGCGUCGUGGCCACGCUGAGAACCAGCGGCACCGAACCCAAAAUCAAGUACUACACCGAGUACUGCGCCGCACCGGGGAGCAGUGAGGCGUCCGGUCUGGAGGACGAGCUCCGGAGGAUCACGGCCGCUUUGCUGGACGAGUUCCUGGAGCCCGAGAGGAACAACCUGAUUCGCCGCUGCGUCUAGCUCCGCCUCCCACGUACCUCUUCCUCCACAGCUGUUUCCUGUUGCUGAUGUCACAUCCUGUCGCGUUUGUAGACGAAUCGGAGCGGCUGCUGCUUCGCUCCGUGGUGUCGAUAAAGUUCAUGUUAGAAAAUAAGCUGUGAACAGAUUCAUAAACAAAAUAAUCAAUAGAGAUCAAUAUUUAGCCGCAGGUCUGAACUGUGAUAUUCUGUGUCCUUCCUUCAUUAUCACACAGCAGAGAGCAUGAUGGGUAAACAGAGUCCAACCAAAGAGUGAUUGAUUGGUUAUCGGGACGGAGGCUGCAGGAACUCCGAAGUAUUUCUGACUUGAAAUAAAUUCAGUUAUAUGGAAGUUAAUUAACGACAAAACGACUGAAGCUCAUUAAACUUAUUAGUUGAAACUAUUAGUCAUCAAAAUCAUUUUGCACCAAUUUCGAUGAUCAAUUAAUCGUUUGAGUCAUUUUAUUUAGCAAAAAUGCUAAAAAGAUGUGAAAGACUGUAUGUAAGAAUCGCUGUGAUAGUAAACUGUUGGUCUGACUAAACGAGACAUUUGAAGAUAAUCGAUAUUAAUCGUUAGUGAAAACAAUCGUCGUUUAGUCCUCAAUCUAGUUUUUCUGGUCCACAGUUUUGUGGUUAAUGAACUUCCAUACGUGGACUGAAAGGAGAAAUGUUCUCUAAUAUUUAUCUUUGUGUUUUUGAUGUUUAGCUGAAUGUUGAAGUUUCCUUUCAGGCUCUGGAUGUUAUUUAUUUUUAUACUCGGAGAUAAAAGCUAUUUAUGUUUGAGUUCGUGUUGUACGGAGGACGUGAAGCUGCUGUCGUCUUAAAGGAUCGUUCGGCUCCACGAGGAGGCACUUUGGUUGUUUGGACUGUUUUUACUGUCGCAAAUAAAGACUGCUGUUAAUGUGGUUCAGUAAUACUGAAUAAAACUUUAAAAUGUG